AUGACGUUUAUGACGGUUUUGUCUGCAGAGUAUGAUUCCAGUCAUCACGUUCGCUCCUAUCAGAUGGCGGGAAAUGCAGAGCAGCACCAUCAGGUCAUCCGGAGCAAGAAGGAGAGUAUGAAAGACAGCAUGAAGGCCUGGUACUGCUGCGUCGAACCACAGUACAUCGCCGUCAUCUCUUCUCUCGUUGCGAGCAGCGCGGCAGCGUUUGGGAUUCCGAAGGUCUUGGCCUUCUCCUUCCCCGGCUGGCGGAUCUCGCUCAAUCUCACCCGCACCACUCUGUCUGCUCUCUUCUCGGUUGGGAACUUGUGCGGAGCUUUCUUUCAGCCCUACAUAGGCAAGAACGUGGACAAGUGGGGGCCCAAACAUUCGCUCGUCGUCAUGCUGCUCUUCAUCUGCGGUCCUUUCUAUGCUCCCAUCAUUGCGCAGGAGAUUUUCUUUCCUCCCCUGCGGAUGGCCAUCAUGGUUUUGGCAAUCUUCGGUAUCAGGGUGCUGCAGGCAGGGAUAGAUACAGCUGGGAAUGUGCUCAUCAACCAUUGGUUCCUCAAGCAGCGAGGCAGAGUUUCCUCCAUCCGUCAGAUUUUCUACGUCUGCCUCCAGGAUCUCGUGCUCGUUCAGAUCGUGCAGAACCUGGACGACUGGCGGGCCACCUCCCAUCUCUCCGUCGCCGUCUGCUUCGUCGCCAUGUCCUGGAUCUUCAUCUUCGCCAUCAACACGCCGGAAGAGAUCGGGAUGAAGCCUGACGGCAAGUGGGUGGAGAGUACAGGCAUCGAGUACGAGAGCCUUUUGGACGGCAAGCAGGCGAUGCAAACUUCUUCGUUCUGGCUUUUACUUACCAACAAUGUAUUCUAUUGCAUUGUUGGCCCAACAACUACUCUUUUCCUCCUUGACAUCGUCAUGGAUACAGUCGGGGACGCGAAGCUGAAGCAGAUCAAUCUGGCUCAGUGCGUGUACAUCCCUCACUUCAUCCUCGCGGUGCUCGUUGGAACAGCCUCGGGGUGGAUGAUCGACUAUGGCGUUGAGAUCAGGUACAUCCUCGCCUUCUCCUCCUUCUGCCUUGCCCUCUCCACCUACAUCUCGACCGAGAUCAGCAGCCCCUCCACCGCUAUCCUCUUCGGCAUCAUCCGAGGAUGCGUCGGCGGUACCCGACAGAGUGUGAAACAGACGGUAUGGGCAAACUACUAUGGCAGAGAGCAUCUCGGUGAGAUCACUGGGAUCUCGCGCACGUGCGAGAUGCUGGGCAUGUCGCUCGGCCCUCUCUUCCUCGGGGUCUCCCGCGAACAUUUCGGGGAGUAUCGUACGGGCUGCUACGCCAUGUCAGCGCUCUGCUGGUUCCAAGGUUGGGCGAUGCUCUUCCUGAAGAAACCCGUUCAUCCUUCGUCGUUGGCAGAGCCCGCUGCCUAG